GCACUUGGCUGUGUGCACUGCAGGUUUUGAACGCUGAUUCCGUUACCCAUAUUAUAUCACUGUUUUGUACAUGUCAUCUUGUCCCUUUUGCAAGUGGCUCUGUUUUGCAAAGUGGAUCUUUUUCCUCCUGGGAAUUAGGUAGUUCUUCAAAACAGCUGGAGGGGUAGAGAAAAACUGAUCACUGGGGACCUUGGGGCUGUGUCAACAGCAGCCUGAUGUGUGUGCAAGGUUGUGUUCAGUUGACGUGACUGGCACAGAAUGUACCUGCAGCAGAACUGGAAAGUGUGUAUUCAGGAGAAUCAGGGGUGUGGAGAAAAUGUCACUUCAUCUGCCCCUUCCUGACACUCUAACUGCCCCCAUGGAGAAGGACCCAAAAGACUUGAGUCAGGAUUCUGUCUGUGUGGGGAUGCCUGAGAAGCCCAAAUGGACAUCAAGGGACUGGCUAAGAUUUGCUCCUCUCUGGAUGGUUUUGGUCUUGAUUGCUGGGGCAGGACUUACAUGGUACAUUCUAGAGGUGGACACAAGCCCAGUGCUGAGGAUCAGCAAGUUGUAUUCCUGUAGCCUGAACAUUGUGAGCCAUGAACUUACCUAUGACCUGACCAGGCCUGAAAGUAGCUCAUUCAGAACUGAGGCAGCACACCUUCAGAAACUGGUGAAUGGUCUUGUUCUUGCUUCAGAACUGGCUGCAUAUCAUAACUCCUGUACAGUCUAUGCUUUCGGAGAAGGAAGCCUGAAGAUCUACUUCUGGGUGAGCUUGGAAGUGCCUAAUACUGACUUGAAAUAUGUAACUGAGAGCUCUGUCACUGCAGCACUCAACAGCGUUUUACAUAAAAAGACCAACUCUAAAGGCCACUAUAUAUUUGACCAGUACCAUGUAGACCCGAACUCACUGGAUAUUCUGGAGGCCAGUGUGCAUGACAUCCAGCUGCUCUCUUCCAGUGCUGGCUGCUACAGGUACAGCUAUGUGAGAGCUGGUCAAGAAAUUCGUUUAAAGGGACCUGAUUAUCUGUCUCCCUCCUGUGUGUGGCACCUGCAGGGUCCCCCUGCCUAUCUCAUUCGUCUGCGACUGAAAUGGACUCGCUCUGAAUGUAGGGACCGACUGGCAAUGUAUGAUGCAGCAGCCCCUCUUGAGACCCACCUCAUCACCUCGCACUAUGGCUGCAGUCGACAAGAACCCAUCUCUGAAAUACUGUCUUCUGGGAGCACGAUGUUGGUUGUCUGGAAGCAAGCGAUGUACAGUUACUAUGACCCAUUCGUCCUCACUGUCCUGCCACUACCAGUUGAAAGUUGCCAGCACACCAUCGAAAUGACUGAAGGGCUAGAAAUUCAAGGUCAUCUUAGGACACCCUAUUAUCCAAGAUACUACCCUCCUAAACCUCAGUGCACCUGGAACAUAACAGUCCCAUCUCCUGAAUAUGGUGUUGUCCUGUGGUUUGAAGGCUACAUGCUGACAAGAAGAUACACGUAUGCUCCCUGCAUGCAGGGGCAAUGGCAAAUUCAGAAUCGAAGAAUGUGUGGGGUUCGUGUGCUUCAAUCUUAUGCUGAAAGGAUCGAUCCAGUUUCGGGGAAUGUCACUGUGUCCUUUACCUGCCCCGCCUCUUUAACUGGGCCUGGAGUGCAAGCUUCCUACAGCCUCUACAACCAAUCAGAUCCAUGCCCAGGAGAGUUCUUGUGUGCAGUAAAUGGUCUGUGUGUUCCUCUCUGUGAUGGGGUUAAAGACUGUCCCAAUGAGCUGGAUGAAAGGAACUGUGUGUGCCCUGCACAGUACCACUGCCCGGGGGCUGAGAGCUGUAUCUCUAUCACAAGUGUCUGUGACGGCAAGAAGGACUGCGCCAAUGGCACGGAUGAGGAGCUUUGUAACCAAGGUGCAAACUUCCCAACUGCAGCCUGUGGUGCGUUUAACUACAAAUGUGCAGAUGGAAGCUGCGUGCAGAAGCCAAACGCUGAGUGUGAUUCCAUAGCAGAUUGUCCUGAUGGAUCAGAUGAAAACAAUUGUGGCUGCGGUAUUCAGGCUGUAGGAAUUCGCUUGGUUGGUGGCACCCAGGCACAAGAGGGGGAAUGGCCAUGGCAGGCCAGCCUACAGGUGCGUGGGGAGCACAUAUGUGGAGGGACCCUAGUGGCUGAUCAGUGGAUCCUUACUGCUGCACACUGCUUCACCCCAGAGAGCUAUGCUUCACCUGAGGUCUGGACUGUGUACCUGGGUAAAGUGCGCCUGAGCCGGAGCACCCAGAAAGAAUUAGCCUUCAAAGUUAUUCGACUAGUGAUCCAUCCUUUCUAUGAUGAGGAUUCACAUGAUUAUGAUGUGGCCCUUGUUCUACUGGAUCACCUUGUGCCUCUCACAUCUCCACAUGUCCAGCCCAUCUGCCUCCCUUCCAGUACCCAUCACUUCCCUACUGGCUCCUCAUGCUGGGUUACAGGCUGGGGUUCAGUCAAGGAAAAUGGUCCCACCAGUGAUGUGCUCCAGAAGGUAGAUAUUCAGCUUGUCGCCCAGGAUAUCUGUACCGAACUUUACCGCUACCAGAUCUCACCAAGAAUGCUUUGUGCUGGUUAUCGUGAUGGCAGUAAAGAUGCAUGCCAGGGUGACUCCGGGAGCCCUUUGGUUUGUAAAACUGCCAGUGGGCGUUGGUUCCAAGCAGGUUUGGUGAGCUGGGGGGCUGGCUGUGGCAUACCCAGAUACUUUGGGGUGUAUAGCCGCAUAACAAGACUUGUACAAUGGAUCGAAUCUAUCACAUUGUAAAAUGAGUCAUUUCUACAUAAUGAAAUUAGAAAACAGUCAACAAAGUAGUGGAACUUCUAAGGAUUAAAGAAAAAACAGAAGAAUGUUUCAAAGCACCAUUUGUGGAAUCACAUACAAGUUCAUCAGUUAAAUGUAUUUGUUUUGUGAAGACUGACCACAUGCCCACAUUUGAAUUAGAAGCUACUUUUUAAUUUGUUUAUUUUCAAGCUUCCUAGAUAAACACGUUCUACAUUUGUAACCUUCACUUCUAAGGAAACUAAAUAUAACAUAUAAGGCUUCAUUGAGAAACUGAAUAUAAUAUAUAUUCAUCUUCAUCUGGCCAUACACUGGCAGAUCUCAUGUUUGUUGAGGUCUCCAAAUCAAUGGAUUUUUGUUUGCUUUGGCCAACCAAGAGGUGAGCCAAAUAAGCCUUAUCUAAUCAUUUGGCUCAGAGGUAACAAUAGCAUAUGGUGGGUUCGUACAGACCUAUCAAGGUAUCAUGGAUCUUUGUCUGCUUGGCCAACCAAGGGGUGAGCCAAAUAACCUUCAUCUAAUCAUUUAUCAUAGAGUUAACAAAGAUAUCAUAUGGGGAGUUCGUAGAGAACUAUCAGGAGAUGACUGCAUCCAUGGCUUGGUGUAGUCAUCCUCUAAAGAGAUCUUUUAGUCUUUUCAAUCUAAAUAAGCUCUACACAGAGGACAUCACAGAAAACAUAAUCAUAGCCAAUAUCAGUCUUUGAAUGGCAGCUACAUGUCACCUAUAUUUAGUAGAUACUACAUGUAGCUGGCUAGAAACAGCUUUUAUUGUUUCCUAUCAUGGUACCUGCUUGUACAUUUAGCUACAAGGAGCAAAUACUAAUCUUCCUGUGUAAUAGAGGCCUAGAAGCCAAAAAAAUAUCUAAAGCAAAAAAAAGAGCUUUGUUAUUAUUAUUAAUACUUCACAUAAAGAAUACAAUAAUGUAUGGAGCUGUGCAGAUCAUAGAUUUGGAGACAUUGCAAAUAUCUCAGUCAUAUUAGUGCCCUGUUUGCAGGACUUGAACAGCCAUCCGCCACAGGAACCACAUGGCCAUCUAAAACAGAAUUAUUCCCACCAAUCAGCCAUUUGGUCUGCUGAACCAAAUCAAAUAUAAAGCCACCUACCGUAAUAGACUUUAUGUAUAUUAGACUGUAGACAUAUUGGUAUCAUUAGAUACUAAAGAACUAUCAUUUCUUUAAGGGAGGUGAUGUCAUAUGAAAAAUUCAGUUGCUUGCACAGCAGGGUUUCCACUUUAAGGCAUACUGUCCAAUAAUGGGUAGAAAUAAAUAUUAAGACAAAAGUG